AUGAUUAGAGCUUUCUCCACUUCUGCUAUUUCUGCCUUCAAGAAGGAAUCUGUUCAACAAUUCAACAACGUGGCUAAGGCCGCUGCUGUGCCAAAGAAGUGGCAGCCUACUCCAGGUAACUCAUUCAGAUCAUUUGCCGAAUACCGGUUGAGAGCUGUCAACCAGUCGCCAUUGAAUCUCAGGGCUAUUAAAAAGGGCAACUAG